GGUUGGAUAGGAGGUGCAGCUGGAAUCAUUGUCGGUAGUCCACUCGAUACGCUUUCAGUUGGUACAGAAAAUACAGUGCAACAUGGUGCCUGGAAAACAUUGACACAAAUGGUUCAAUCUGAAGGAGUUGGAUCUCUUUUCAAAGGUGUGCUAUCUCCCGUAGUUGGUUUAGCUGGUCUGAACGCAAUCCUGUUUGUGUCUUAUGGGACAAUUCUUCGGUACUUUGAAAGGCAACAUGGUCUGGAUACACAUGAGGCCAGUCUAUCCGAGAUUUACAUUGCUGGCUGUGGCGCAGGAAUUGCUAGUUUCUUUUUUUCGACGCCUACUGAUCUCGUAAAGAUCCAGGCACAGAUGUCUCGAAUUCCUAAAAGUACUUGGGAUGUAGCCAAGACAAUAUAUUCAAAUAAUGGAGUUUUAGGGUUUUAUCAGGGUGGAUUUGCUACCAUAGUACGAGAUGCUCCUAGCUAUGGACUUUAUUUUUUGGUUUAUGAGGGUACAAAAAGGUUACUAGAAGUAGAGUCUACAGGUGAUGCUGCGGGUGGCUCAAAUGCGAUGAAGAUCUUGCUGGCAGGAGGUCUGGCUGGAGCAGUUUCCUGGACAUCAAUAUAUCCUCUGGAUGUCAUCAAGUCACGGCUUCAGAUGCAGGUCCAGGUGCAACUCGAUCGCCCUUAUAGCUCAUUCCGAGACUGUCUCGUGCGAUCGUACAAAGCAGAGGGGCUGAGGGUAUUUUUCCGUGGGUUGACACCGACUGUCAUUAGAGGAUUUCCCGUAAAUGCUGUCACAUUUUGGGUCUAUGAACUUGUAAUGGAUGCCAUGUCAAAUUAA